CUCCAAAGCUAGUUUCCGGCCACCUCAGCGGGAAGCGCAGACGCAAGCAGCUGGCUCUUUCGGGAACUAAGAUUAGAGUUGUAACUGUUGUCGCGGCGGAGGAAGUCAGGGGGACUUCUGCGGCCAUCCCGGCCAGUGUUGGGUCCCUGUAGCCUGUGAAGAUGGUGUUGCUUACGAUGAUCGCCCGUGUGGCGGACGGGCUCCCGCUGGCCGCCUCGAUGCAGGAGGACGAACAGUCUGGCCGGGAUCUUCAACAGUACCAGAGUCAGGCUAAGCAACUCUUUCGCAAGUUGAAUGAACAGUCCCCUACUAGAUGUACUUUGGAAGCUGGUGCCAUGACUUUCCACUACAUUAUUGAGCAGGGAGUUUGUUAUUUGGUUUUGUGUGAAGCUGCCUUCCCUAAGAAAUUGGCUUUUGCCUACCUAGAAGAUUUGCACUCAGAGUUUGAUGAACAGCAUGGGAAGAAGGUGCCCACUGUGUCUAGGCCCUAUUCCUUUAUUGAGUUUGACACCUACAUUCAGAAAACCAAGAAGCUCUACAUUGACAGCCGUGCUCGGAGAAACCUAGGCUCCAUCAAUACUGAAUUGCAAGAUGUGCAGAGGAUCAUGGUGGCCAAUAUCGAAGAAGUGUUACAACGGGGAGAAGCACUCUCAGCAUUGGAUUCAAAGGCUAACAAUCUGUCCAGUCUGUCCAAGAAAUACCGCCAGGACGCGAAGUACUUGAACAUGCGUUCCACUUAUGCCAAACUUGCAGCAGUCGCUGUAUUUUUCAUCAUGUUAAUAGUGUAUGUGCGAUUCUGGUGGCUGUGAAGUAGUGAAUCCAGUCACUGGCGAGGGUGAACCUAGAGCCUGGCAGGUGUAUGUUUUCAGGAAACUGAGCUCACAGAGAUGUGUAUUAGAAUUCCAAGUGGAACUUCUGCUUCUAAAGACCUUGCAAGGAAAGACAUGUCCUGAAAAUGAAAUGUUACACCUCAUUUGAUGAAGCUUACCCCUUUGUAGAAAGUCUCUUUUGGGGGCAGAGGCUUUCUGUGGGUACUGAGGUGUAUAUGUUAGGGAACAGUAGAUUGUUUAAUUUUGUUUUUUCCCUCCCAGUGUUUUUACAUUUUUAAAACAGCACUGAGUGGGGCAUUUUCUUUCUCUAAUGGAGCCAUCAAUGAGAUCUGGCUUAGCCAACCUGUGCUAGCAACAGUCUGAAAUUCCUUCAGAGAAGGCAGCCCGUUGGGAAGUUUUUUUGACUCUAAUCAACAUUCCUUUUGUUGGUGACAUUUGUGAUUUUCAGUUUUUGAUGGCCUUGUAAACAAGACUCCACUAUGUGAAGGUUAAUUGCUGUGCUGCAAAGAUGUUGUCUGUUGGCCCCUGUAGGAAGUUAACCUUUGUUGUUUUCCUUUUAUGAUAUUUUGCUUAUUGCACAACUGCUUUAGGGUUAAAUGGAUUAUAUUAAGAUGCCUUGAAAUUAUAUUAUAGCACUCCUUGAUAAAGAAGCUAAAGUGUUUUCUGUCAUUUACUCCUUAAAAGACUUAAAUUUAGUUUGGGACAUUCUUAAUUUUAUCUUUCAGCAUCCGGUUUGUAUUAAUAGAACAGUAAGUAUAGCAUACAGAUAGCCAGAGUCCCCUGACUUAAUGGGAAGAAAGGCCCAGCCCAUCACUACAGCUUUGUCCUGCCCCUUCUUACUUUCUCCACUGUAGUUUUCCCCACUCUCUUUUCCUCCUGCUGACAUUUUAAAACUUUAUCUGCGCCUAGUAGUUUCAUAUCCAUAAGCAUCCUCUCAGGAUAUUCUCAAAUUUCAAGAUGGAAAAUGUUUAGCCGUGUAGUUAGAUUUAAAUUUUUACAGAGCACCUACUCAAACUACUAAAUACAUUUAUCUGAGAAAGUCUCUGAGAACACCUCGUACCUGCUUCAGUUUAUGUAAAUUCUCUGAGAAUGUUCUAGAGAUAGAUAACUCAUUUAAGUGGCUUCUAUUAACAAAAGUACCUGUGAUUUUUCCUUUUUUUGCUCAGGGAUGAUGGGGAUUUCCUUUUACCUUCUGAGGUAAAAUUUUUUAAAUGGGGAGAAUAGACCUCUUAAAUAUUAUCACAAGGGUCUACAAUAUAAACUAGAAUUUACACAUACUGCAAAUAUUUCUUUAAGUCCUACAGGAAAAUGAGCCAGCUUCUUACUUCUUAACAUCUUUGGAGAGAACUUUAACUAGUAAACAAUUUUAUAACUAAGGGAUCAUCAUAGCUUCUGUCCUGAUCCUGAUAGAGAAAAAAGAUCCUAUUUCCUAAUAACAAAGCAAGGAGAAGUGGCUUAAUUUGUUCCUGAUAAAUUACAGAACUAAAAGAAAUUUUUUUCUUUCUAUUUUGGACCUAAGUCUGCCAAUUGGAGUAUGUGCAUGAAAUAUGAAGUUACUUUUUAUAGAAAAUAAGUGCUUUUAAGUCCCUAAAAGGCUUGUCCCUAGAGUAGUGAUGUUGGUAAUAAAAGCCUAUUAAGCUUUUUGGAAGACCUGAAAGUCUGAAAACCUUAGUGGUACCAUAACAUUUGGUUCUUCUAUAGGAGUGGAGAGUGGCAGCUCGUUGUUGAGAGUUGCAUGCAGCAACCAAGUGGCCAGCAAUGAAAUAAAUAUUUCUAGAAUGUUCCCUUCAGUGUGAAGUUUUAUUAUCUAGUUAUUUUAUGUGCAAAGAGUUUUCUGGGUACAUUUCUACCAAACUCAUUGGGUUAAUUAAAAAAUGAGAACGGGGGCAGAAUGAUGAAGAAAGGAAUGAGAAAGUGGUUUAAUGUUACGACGGUAGAAAAAUGAGAGAACAAGCCUGUCGUGAUGUGGCUCCCACUUCUGUUCUUUAUUGGAGGUAGUGGGAGGAUCCGACCAUAUGAAAAGUAUCCGCAACCAACCAGGCAUCUAAAAUAGAAUGUGAUAAAUACUGUCUAGUGUUACUGGGGGCACAUUAAGAAAGGACGCCUAAUUUACUUUGGGAAGGAAUGUGGUAAGAGAAGGAGAAUGAGGUAUUCCGGACAGAGUCAGUUGUUUGUGCAAUAUCCUGAGUAAAAUAGUGAGACCCGUGUUGGGGAUAGUGAUUAGCUUGGUUCACCUUAACUCACUGGUUAAGUUUGGGCAGUUGAGACUUAAAGAACCCGACUGGUAAAUUGUAAUAAAAAGACUUGUCUACCAUGCUAAGGAGUUUAGACCACACUAAUAUCCGUGGCAAGAGAUGGUAUCAGAUUUACGGUUUCAAAUGAUCAUUCUGGCCAAAGUAUAAAAGAUGUAUUAGGGAUAAGCCUGAAAGUAAGGAGAUAAAACUGAGGAGCCAUCAAAGGUAGACUGAGGCAUAGGAGGCAGGUUUCCAGCGAUUUUCAAGAAAAGAGUUACUAUCCCAGGUACCAAAUAAAUUUAAUUUUGACAUAA